GGGUCAGGUGUGGUGUCAGGCCGGUGUAUCGCCUGGCCGGGCGGGGCGUGACAAGGUGUGUAGAGAUCUCCACAGGUAGACACACAACCAUGUAACGCUAGACAGUAGUAAUACUCCCCACGUGACUUCACCUCUCAAUGUCUCCGACGACUGUACACCAGUGCCACGACAUCUUUUCUGGACUCUCUUGGAGAAAUGUGUGAAAACAAGUCAGAUGGAAGGCUCCGACUGGUGCAUGAUGGGAAGCACUAUGAUGUCACUGAUUUUGCACAGCGCCACCCGGGAGGGAAGUUGGUACUGCAGAGAUAUCAAGGUCAAGACAUCACAGCAGUCAUGAAGGGCCCUCUCCAUAGACAUUCCCCAGCAGCCUAUUCCAUGCUGUCGCAGUACUGUGUAGAAGAGGAAGGAGGAGCUGCUGAUACUAACGGCAAUGUCAAGGUUCAUCACAGAGAGAAUGGGAGGCACAGAGCAGAUCUACAACAUGGCAGCUCCAAAGUAACCAAUGGCAGAAUACCUUCUCUUGGCUGCAGUAACAGACAAAUGGAGAUAGAGAGUCUUAUUGACUGGAACAAACCACUGCUGGGGCAGGUAGGGCAGCUUGGUGACCUUUACGACGAGUGGGUUCACUAUCCCGUGGAGAAACCGUACCGACUCUUCCACUCCGAGGUGUGCGAGUUCUUUUCUCGAUGCCCGUGGUUCCUGGUGCCAACGUUGUGGUUGCCCCUAGCGAUGUACUUUGCCUUCACGAGCGUCGUGGAGCUACAUCAGGGCCAGGUGCAGGUCUUCACACAAACAUGCAGUGCCUUGAAGUUUACAGCCCCAGUGCCCCUGUUCCCGGUGGUGUUUGCUGUUGGUGUGAUGUUGUGGACAUUCUGGGAGUACUGUUUACACCGCUUCCUGUUCCAUUCCAAAGCCGUGACCAGUUCACCUGGCCUGAUCAUCGCACACUUCUUACUACAUGGACAACACCAUAAGGUGCCAUUUGACCCUGGACGUCUGGUGUUCCCUCCCGUGCCGUGUUCCGUGUUCGUGACGCUGUUUUACCUCCUGUACUCGCUGCUGCUGCCCCGUGCCUUGGUGCACGCGCUAGUGUCCGGGAAGCUGUGUGGUUAUGUGUGUUACGACCUGACACACUACUACCUGCACCACGGUUCACCCAAGGAGAACUCCUAUUUCCACAGACUGAAGUCAUACCAUGCCAAACAUCACUUCUUACAUCAGGAGACAGGUUUUGGUAUUUCUAGCAAGUUCUGGGAUCGUCCAUUUGGAACCCUCAUUCCUGGCUCUUGAGGAGAGAUUUGUGUGAGUGUCCAGUAAAGGCUGCUCCAUUGAAGAGUUCAGGGGGAAGUCAGAACCUUUUUUGGGGCCCUAGCCACACCAUCCCUUGAUGUAUGAAAUGAUUUAACCCUAAAAGACUGUCUUCUGACCAUGGUACAUUUUUGUACUGGAUAAAGCAUGAUUCUGGACACAACACUUUCGUCCAAACAACUCCGAACCACAGUACAUCAAGGUGAUCUAAGGAUAUUGUGUUCAAACAUACUAGGGAUGUUAUGUUUUGGAUAGUUUUUGGAUUAAUACCUGUUCAACUACAGGUUCCCUUAGUCACUGAGGAAAAGUAGUGGAUAUUGCUUGAAAGAUGCAUUUGUAAAACAUCCGAUAAUCAUUAGAUUCUUGAAGAGUUAUGGUGCUCUGAAAUUUUUGAAACUGAAAAACUAGACAACAAAAAGGACUGUGUCACAGAAAGUGUUUUAAGCCCACCUGAAUUCUCAAUGGGGAAGAGCCUUCUGGACAAGUAGAGUGUGCUGCAUAUCAUACUUAGUUAAUCUACUGUAAAAAUUGUUAUAUAAUUGAACAAGCUGCAGUAAUAAGUGCCCUUAAUUCACAAAAAAGAAUGUACAUAUCAUUAAUAUCUAUUUUACAGUAUAGAUAAAUUAUUCAAUUCUCACAAUAUAUAUCUAUAUCAAAACUAGCCAAUAGCAUUGUGAGCUGAUUUCUUGUUAUUUGUCAUAGUUAUGUGCAGUCAUGUAUCUUUAAUGGUAGACAUACAUGUUGAGAUUUUGUGAGAUUUACCUAUGGUGGAUGCAUGCCUCUCUUUUAGGGGCAUUAAAUUCCCUAGUGCAGUGGAUUACAUAUCUAAGAGAUCCUACAUAUAUGUUCUAGUACACAGGAUCUUUUGUUGUUUGCUUCUGUGGUGCAUGCAACUGACAAUCAUAUCAAAUGUUGAAAGAUGGCAUUACGUUGUUUGUGAUAUAUUUUCAAAAUACCAUUGCUUUUUGCUUGGUCAUUACAAUUUAUUAGUGUAUGUGUUUUAUGUUUGUAUGUCACUUUUUCAUAGUAACUAUUAUAUACAUUCCUUUACUUAUUGCUUCAUAUCAAGGUUUAAUACUAGUAUUUCUAUUUUUGCAAUCCCAAAGAUCUAGAUAAGCUCUAUAGACUUGAAUGUAUUUUUGUAUAGUGUAUAAGACCACACUAUUUUCCUAUGGAGUAAGGAU